UUUGGGAUGUGGGUGGAGGAGGGUCCUAGUCCUCAUUCAGUGAGGCUUGCCUGCUCCUCUGCCCCCGUCUCUCCUGUUCUCCAGCAUGAUGUGUCUGUGGUUCCCAGGAGGCUACCAGAUGGCAGCAUUGACAAUGAUACUGAUGUUACUGAGCCCUUCUCUCACCUGGACCAGGGACACUCAACCACAUUUCCUGGAGUAUACAAAGUCCGAGUGUCAUUUCUCCAACGGGACGGAGCGGGUGCGGUUUGUGUUCAGAGACAUCUAUAACCAGGAGGAGCACGUGCGCUUCGACAGCGACGUGGGGGAGUUCCAGGCGGUGACCGAGCUGGGGCGGCCGGACGCCGAGUACUGGAACGGGCAGAAGGACUACCUGGAGGAGACGCGGGCCGCGGUGGACACGUACUGCAGACACAACUACGGGGUUAUUGAGAGCUUCACGGUGCAGCGGCGAGUUGAGCCCACAGUGACUGUGUAUCCUGCAAAGACCCAGCCCCUGCAGCACCACAGCCUCCUGGUCUGCUCUGUGAAUGGUUUCUAUCCAGGCCAUGUUGAAGUCAGGUGGUUCCGGAAUGGCCAGGAAGAGGAGGCUGGGGUCGUCUCCACAGGCCUGAUCCGUAAUGGAGACUGGACCUUCCAGACCCUGGUGAUGCUUGAAACAGUCCCUCAGAGUGGAGAUGUCUACACCUGCCAAGUGGAGCACCCAAGCCAGAUGAACCCUCUCACAGUGGAAUGGAGGGCCCAGUCUGAAUCUGCACAGAACAAGAUGCUGAGUGGAAUCGGGGGUUUUGUUCUGGGUCUGCUCUUCCUUGGGGUGGGGCUGUUCAUCCACUUCAAGAAUCAGAAAGGACACGCUGGACUUCAGCCAACAGGCCUCCUGAGCUGAAGUGAAGAUGGCAACCCUCAAGGAAGAACCUUCUGUCCCAGCUUCUUUGCAGCAAGAACAAGUUUCUUGCUUGACCCUUACUCCACCAAGAGAGUGCUUUCUCAGGAUCUGGUUUGCUCCUGGUUCAGUGACCCUGCAGAAAAUGUCCUCCCUGAUGGCUUCCUCAGCCCCCAACCUAGGCUUGGAUGUCCCCUAUAUUGAUUGCAG